AGGAGAGGCCUUUAAAAAUCUCCUUGCCCAGCUGAAGAUGGAAAGCUAUUUUGUUUCAAACUUGACAUUAAGGAUCAUUCUAGAAAUUGGGCUACAUAUCUUUAAGGACAAAAAGCCAGAGAAAAUAGAAGAUGUAAUCUGGUGUACUCUGCAUAAGCUCAUGGCUCUGGACAGUACUGCAAGGAAAACUUACUACAAUACAGAUGAGAAAUAUGAUUUCUUUGACAGUGAUGAAUAUGAAGAUACACAAAGUGCAAGUUCCAUUCACCCCUUGGAUAUCCUCUGUCUUCUCCUGCAUUGUUCAGAUAAUUUUCUACAACAAGAAAUUGUAACCAAAAUGGCCAUGUGUCAGUUUUCUGUCCCUCUACUUCUCCCCCCAGUUGGUGACGGGUCACCGUGUACCUUCAUGCUGUGGGCAAUGAGAGACAUUGUGAAGAAGUGGAGACCUCAGUGUUUAGCUGACAGUAAAGGGUUCAGAGAGGAAAAUGUGGUGAAUAUUUCCAUGCCAGUCAUUUCCUUUGUAAGAUUGGGGAAAUCCAAACUGUCUAAAUCUAAAAUCCUGAAUCAAAUUCUUAAUCCAGUCCAGCAGAAUAACAAUUUCUUCAUCCAUGACAAUAUGGAGGGCGGUAUCCUUGAGAGAAAAAUAUCUGAUGGACUUGUAGAGAUGUCCUGGUAUUUUCCCUCUGGUAAAUCUGCUCUUUUUCCAGAACCGUUUUCAGUUACCAACCUACGUGGAGACCUAGAGACCAACUGGGACCAGUUCACAUUUCUAGCAAAAGUUUCAUCAGCUGUGUUUAUAUUUAUUGAAACAAUCGAUGAGAGAGAAUUCCAACUGUUAUCUAAAUGCAGUCAGAGCGACACCAAGUUUUGUGUUGUCGUUACUCCGGUUUCAGGAAAAGAUAUUAAGAAAGAGACAAAAAAAUGUCUAGAGGACCUUCUUCCAGUAUUAAGGAUUGAUAGAGCAAAUGUUAUCCUGAAGAUGAGGACAGAAAAUGAUACAAUGUUAACGGACAAAAUCCAAAGGAAAAUUCAACUAAUUCUGGAGAGCACCUCCAAAUCUAUUUCACUGAAACAUUUUCCAAGAUAUUUCAGUGGACAUCCUUUUGUGACAGAUGAAAGCACUGAUGAAUGCCAGAAAGGAAGAAACCAUGCAGAUAAAAUCACUCGAGAAAUAAAAGAUGUGGCAGAAUAUAAAAUGGCCACUAUGAAAUUACAAGGAGAUCUUUGGAAACAGUUGUCCAAAAUAGAUAAAGAACUUUGUAGAAUGAAAAACCAAGGAGAACAAGAUGCAGAAACCCAUCAGUCUCAUCUCCUAUUAAAGCGCAAUGCCCUUCAUGCAAAACAAUAUAAACAUCAAAUUCCCAAGGGGAUAGAGCUUUUUACGCAUGCUCUAAAUGAUUUGUCUCGGAAAGAGAGACAAUAUUUUCUAAAAUGGAUGAAAUUUAACCUUGAUGCAAUAGCUAGAGACAAUUUGUCUAAGCUGCAGGCUAUCUAUAAGGAGAAAUGUAACGACAUGGCCCAUAACAAAAAAGAACUUAGGGACUUAGAUCAGAAAAUCUCUGACAGCUGUUUGGGAGUGGAACACUUUCUACGUGAAAUGGGGCAGUUUUAUGAAGCUGAAUGCUCUAUAACAAAACACACAGUAAUUGAACAAAGCAAGAAAAAAUUUGCUGAUCUUCCUAGAAUAGCUGCUGAUCUUCUGUUGGAUGGGUUUCCAUUAGAGCUGAUUGAUGGAGAUGCUUCCAACAUUCCCCUGCAAUGGAUAACGGAUGUCCUUACUGAGCUGGACAAGAGAACAGGGGGAAAAUGCAAACUGAGAGUGAUAACUGUACUGGGAGUGCAAAGUACAGGAAAGUCCACCCUCCUCAACACCAUGUUUGGUUUGCAGUUCCCUGUGGCCUGUGGAAGAUGUACACGAGGAGCCUUCAUGACUCUUCUUAAUGUGAAAGAAGACUUUCAGGAAAAUCUGGACUGUCACUUCAUCUUGGUUAUUGACACUGAGGGGUUGAAAGCUCCAGAGUUGGCCUCUUUGGAGGGCAGCUAUGAACAUGACAAUGAACUGGCCACAUUUGUGGUGGGGUUGAGUGAUAUAACCAUAGUCAAUAUGGCCAUGGAAAACACAGCAGAAAUGAAGGAUGUUUUACAGAUCGUGGUCCAUGCUUUUCUUAGAAUGAAAGAAAUAGGAAUGAAGCCCAACUGCCAGUUCGUACACCAGAAUGUCAGUGAUAUAUCUGCUAAUCAUGGGAACAUAAGACAAAGGAAGUUAUUACUAGAAAAUCUAAACGAAAUGACAAAGGUAUCUGCCAAAAUGGAGAAAAAAUAUGGCAUCUCAGCUUUCACUGAUGUGAUGAAGUACGAUCUAAAUAAAGACAAUUGGUACAUUCCUGGCCUGUGGCAGGGAGACCCACCAAUGGCUCCAGUAAAUCUUGGCUACAGCUCAAAUGUACAUGAGCUUAAAAUGUACUUAUUUCAAUGUAUGGAUGCUCAGAAAUCUAAUAGCAAUCAACUGAACAUUUCUGAUUUUAUUGCAUUGAUAGAAGAUUUAUGGAGAUCGGUCAAACAUGAGAAAUUCAUUUUCAGUUUUAGGAACAGCCUGGUGGCCAAAGCCUACAAUAGAUUGUCUGUAGAAUACUCUUCGUGGGAAUGGGAUUUCUGUAAAACAAUUCACAAUUGGAUAAUCAGUGAAGAAAAUAUCAUAAAAAAUCAGUCUGAAGAUAUAUGUGAAAGUAACACAGAAGAGCUACAGAAUAUUCUACUGGAGGAAGAAAACAAAAUGAUGGCAUCUCUUGAAAAAUAUUUUGAAACCACUGAAAAUAUUAAUCUCAUUGAAAGACACAGAGAAGAAUUCAAAUUAAGCAUACAGAGUCUGAGAAAAAAACUUGAAAUAAACGCUCUUAAUAAGUACCAUGAGGCUGUAUGCAUCCAGAAAAUGAAAAAGAAGAUCCAGGACAUUCAAAUAACAUCCCAGACAUUGAUUGAAGAAAAAAUAACAAAUCUUCUGCAAAGAUAUAGCCAGAAUAAUCAUGAAGUAAGUGAACAAGAAAUUCAACAGGAAUUUAAUUUGGUGUGGCAGAAGACGUUAUCAGAGUUGCGGUUGGAAGAACUUAAGAGAUGUAAUGUGGAUCAUUCUCUUCUUCUCCUUCUCAAAAAUGACAUGAGCAGUAAAGGACCUCAUAUAAACGAAGCAUUAAUCAAGGUUAAAAGUUUAAGUCAAUAUGCAAACAAAGGUCUUACAAUGGAUAGACGGUAUGUUGAUCUUGCAUGGACCUCAGUUCCACGAAAAUCAAUAUUUGUUCAGCAAGAGCUUUAUGGCAAUAUUGGUGCUCUAGCAGAUUCCAUCAUUGAAACGAGUGACAAGUAUAUAAAAGAGAUUUCUUCCUUAGAGGAUUACAGUGAAAUAUACUCUAAAGAGCUACUACACAAGAUCAAUACAAAGCUAAACAGUAAAGAUGUCAAAAAGUUUCGGUUUACUUCAGAGUUUGAGCUGGAUCUCAAACUUUUCAUUUUUGGAAAAGCAUCCCAAGCCUUCCAGAAGCUCCAUGAUAAGUUUCUCCAAGAGAAUGACCCGAAACUUUGUCUAGAAAAACUAAAAGUUCGGUACUUGUCUACAGUUCUCAGUAUGUUCCAUAAAAAAGAUCAACCUUCGAGCAGAGCUAAUCGUUUUUGUGAGCUGUGCUUAAAACCAGCAAUAAUAGAUUAUAUUUUUAAACAUCUUGGACAAAAAAUAAUGGAUGAGAUUUUAACUGAAAAUGUCACAUUUAGCAGCAGAAAUGGUUUCCAGUGUACUGUUUUGGAGGAGCUUCUAGAAGAAAUGUCAUUUCAAAAAUAUGCUGAAUACAUCAAUUCUUAUGAGAGCUUUAUAAUGAGAUGGAUCUUAACUCACAUCAUUAACAAAUACUGCAACUCGCCAGCUUUAGAAACCUUGCAGGGACAUAUUCUGUCAUCUAUUACCAAGAAAAUAACAACAGUCCUUAGAAAUGAAAGAUGCCGGAAAAGUCAAACUGUGUCUAGUUUUUUGGAGAAUUUCUGCAAACUCCUAAAAAAAGACUUAGUGAUUUCACGGGAAGAGAUGAAAGUGAUCACUUUUCACCACACAGGGAAUGUUGAGCAGUUCUCAUCAGAAGUUGAACACUACCUCAAAGAGACACAACGACAAAUCCAAUCAGAACUUCGACCAAUGGCUCUAGGGUCUCUACUUUACACAGUGACCGUGAAACCUCAGGAUGAAUUGUUCAGGAAGGUGGUUGGUUGUAGAAAGCAGUGUCCCUUCUGCAAAGUGCCCUGUGAGGUCAGAGGUGAAGACCAUAAGAUACAUGCAACAUCUAUGCACAGACCCCAAGGGCUAGGAAACUUCCAAUGGGAUGAGGAUAAGAACCUUAUUGUUGACAUCUGUUCCACUCAUGUUGUAGCUAACUGUAGGUUUAGAAAUUUAGACACAGAAUGGAAACUGCAUCCAUGCAAAGAGUAUGGCACAAUAUAUCCAAAUUGGAAUAUUCAGCCAGAUGCCAGUAUUGAGAGCUCAGAUUACUGGAAGUUUGUCUUUGUGCAAUUGAAUGAAAACUUUGCAGAACUGUAUGAGGCAAAACCAGCUGAGCUUCCCGAAGUCUGGAAGCAAAUAACAAAAGAGCAAGCUCUUCGCAGCGUGAAGAAAGUAUUUAACACCUCUACAACAAUGAAGUGAUUGGGGAGGUGUAGGAGAACAGAAUCAAAGGUUCUUGGGUCUAAAAAUAUUAAUUCUCAUAAAAAUCCAAGACAACAAGCCAACACAUUUGCUGAGGCAUGGCCAUUACUAUGGAGCUAUUUAAUCUGCUUGCCGCCUGGUCAGGGUCACA